GCUAAAAUACGGAGUAGCAUUUAGCUUCCCAAAACUUAGCCCAUGCCUUGGAAUUAUGGAUUGAGCUAUCUGGUAGAGGGCCGGUUCGGUACCAUGAACAGGCCGGCCUAGCACGGUUCAGCAAAUACGCCUCCCCCCAAAAACAAGUCAAUCGAAAACAGGUUGCCGGGAAUAAUAGCAUACGAACCAGUUACCGGCUUCUGUACAGGAAAAUGAUGAAAGGCGGCGGUGGCGCCGCCGCUACCGGCGGUGCUGCAUCAAAGAAGAGACAUCGGGUCGGUAUCAGCGGCCGUCCUUCCACCGUCGCAGCAAUCGACUCCUCCCGUCCCGAUGGAACCAUAUCUGAAUGUUCUCAAAGAACACCUUCUCUUCGACGUACCCCUUCUCACUCUCAUAUUCCGAAAUCUUUACCGGGUUCAUUCAACGAUCCGGCCUCUGCUGACGUAGUCCUCAGGCUAUUUGCUGAUUGGCCGUUCGUUGACGAUGACGCCGGCUCGAUCUCAGCCGUUGAUUCUGUCGACCAGCCUGAUGUCCAGAUCUAUCUUCACUCCGAUGUGCUCCGCCGUUCCAAGUACUUCGCGACUCUUUUGUCAGAGCGCUGGCUAAACGAGUCAAACGACGCUGCUGAUUCUGGAAGCCCAUCGAAGAUUAUCCGGCUUAAUCUGGGCGUUCCUAUGCCUGGAUCAAUUGACGAUCACGUUACUGUUCUUCAACUUCUAUACACAGAUGACUAUUCAGAAGCCAUAGAUUGCGUUUCUAAAGCUCUUUCAAUGCUGGAUGUAGCUCUGAAAUUGAUAUUUGAUGAGUGUAUUAAGGCUUGUGUAAGGUUCAUUGAGGCCGUUCCAUGGACGGAAGAGGAAGAGCAGAGAAUAUUUAAUCUAAUUCCAUUAAUAGGGGACUUGGGGAUUGAAGAAUCAAAAGAACUCCUUGUUAGGGUUGCACCUAUGAAGCAUGAUUCAUCCGAGGACAUGCUUCAUGGAUUGAUUCUCUCUGCAAUUCAUAACCACACAAACAUGGCUAGCGCAAAGGCUUUUGUUGCCAAGCUUUUGAGGGACUUCUCUUCCAAGGAGCUGGCUAGGAGGGUUCUUGAUCGCGUGUUUGAGGCAAGCUUGAAGGUCAUGAAAGAGUCGCUGGAGGAGUACUCGAGUCCAGCCUUUAGAGGCGAUCAAGAUGAGACAGAGGCCAUUCAGAAGCUGAAUUUGCACACUGCUAUGACGAACGGGAGGCAUCUACUGUGGUUGAUUGAGAGGAUGAUUGAAUUGAGGGUGGCCGAUUCGGCUGUGAAGGAGUGGAGCAAUCAGUCUUCAUUCACUGCUGAUUUGCAAAGAGCAUUCCGUGAUGAUGCUUGGAGGAACAUUGUUCCAGGGUUUCCUGCAGUUGUGCUCCGGUGCACUUGCAAGCUUGCUAAUGCUGUUGCAGCUGGGACCAUCCUGGCCAAUAGACAGGUUAGAAUGAAGCUUGUGAACGAUUGGCUCCCAGUGCUCAUUGUGUGCAAAGGCAAUGUUUCACCUCCGAUGCCCACCCACAAAACAAUUUAUUCCGAGCUGGAAGAAACAUUCUUGAAGAUAAUAUCAACACUUCCGCUUCCUGAUGCCCAGGAUUUGUUGCAGAAAUGUCUCAGCUUUUCAACUCGGAACGUGGAAGAUUGCCCUCACUUGAUCAACGCAUUUACCACCUGGUUCCGCCAAGCAAACAGAUCCCAAAACCAGAAAGAUACGGUUGGUAAGACUAGCUAACGCGUAUCACAUCGAUUCCCCUGCCUAAUUCUGUACAUAAACUUCAGUUAUUCUAUAGCAUUUAAGCUAUAUGUACUAAUGUACACCAAAAAUUGUACACCAUUUGUACCACGAAGGCAUGCACUAACAUUUUGUGCUAGUGUGAUGCUAGUGUGAUAGUUUACACUGACACAAAAUGUCAAUGCAAUUUUUUUUGAUUGAACUAGCAUUUUGUGUCAGUGUGAACUUUUAAAAUGUCGGUGCAAUCCUUUGGGGUAUAACUUAGGGUACACUUCUUGUGUAGCCCUAGCAUGGUUGAAAGCAAGUCAGACUAGAAACCCACAAUGUUUGAUACUAAGAAUGUGAGACCAAAUGUUUCACUAGAGACAGCCAUUGUCUGUGAUGCAUAGGUAGUCCAUUGUAUAUGUGUGUGUGCAAACUCUUGGCAUCAAACCUGGCGAGUUUCUAGCAUUUUGAUAAUAAUAUUAUGUAUUUAUGAGUAGAAAUAUUAAGUAUUCUGUAUGAAUUUUAUAAUUUAAUUCGUUUUAUUUUUUUACGGAGUAGUACUUUCUCUUUUAUAUAUUUAUUUUUACUCAGUUCAUAAAUGCAAAUAUUGGAU